AUGGCAGAAGCCUUCACCAACACAGACCUCCAGGGCGCAUUGCCUCUCGUCGCCCGGGGCAAGGUUCGCGACUUGUACGAGGUCGACGAGAAGACCCUGCUCUUCAUUGCGACUGAUCGCAUCUCCGCCUACGAUGUGAUCAUGGAGAAUGGUGUCCCGAAUAAAGGCGUUCUCCUGACCCUCUGCACACGGACGUGGUUCAAGACCCUGACCGAGGCCAUUCCCUCGUUGCGCACGCAUUUCAUCUCUCUCGAUCUCCCGCCGCAAAUCCCCGAGUCGCUGCGACCGGUGCUCCAGAACCGGAGCAUGCAGGUGCGCAAGCUGAAGAUUCUUCCUAUAGAGGCUAUCGUUCGUGGGUACAUCACCGGCUCUGCGUGGAAGGAAUACCAGAAGUCGGGUACUGUGCAUGGCAUCAAGAUUGCUCCCGGGCUGCAGGAGAGCGAAGCUUUCCCUGAUGGACCGAUUUACACUCCCAGCACGAAGGCUGAGCAGGGUGAGCACGAUGAGAACAUUCACCCCGAUCAAGCCGUUAACAUCGUCGGCGAAUCCUACGCUUCCACAAUCGCCUCCCUCUCGAUCCAGCUUUACAAGACCGCUCAUGCCUACGCCCUCGAGCGCGGCGUCAUCAUCGCAGACACAAAGUUCGAGUUCGGAUUGGACCUCGAGACAAACGAGGUCGUGCUGGCAGAUGAAGUCCUGACACCCGACUCGUCCCGUUUCUGGCCCAAGGAUUCCUACGCGAUUGGCCGUGGUCAGUCGAGUUUCGACAAGCAGUACUUGCGGGACUGGCUUGUUCAGGAGGGCUUGAAGGGCAAGGAGGGAGUUCGGAUGAGUGAGGAGGUUGCGCAGAAGACUAGCGAGAAGUACAAGGAGGCGUGGGAGAAGAUUACUGGCGGUAACUAG